GCUUCCCCCCUCUCUCUCUCUUUCGCUCUCUCUUUUGUUUUGUCGCUUUCUCUUUGUCCGAGUCAUACCGCGACUUCGACUACUUCCUCGGCUGGUGUGCGAGCACGGCCUCGGUUUAAUACGCUUCGCGCUCGCUUCUCCGUCCGGCAUGGUGUUGUUAUCGGCCCCAUGAAAGCCGCGGUAUUGAUCUCCGUCGCGAGUGACUUGCUCCUCACGAUAACCUCACCGCCUCCGCGUAUUCCGAAGACCGCGUGGACGUCGAAUCGCCAUCCUGGCCGCGGGGUUGUCCGCAAUCUCGGCGCGACAUGGCAGAUCGACACCGCCGCUCGAAGCCGAAGUCUCUCGUGAACUUGAGGAAGAAGUGUGCUGUCAGCACGAGGAUAUCAAGUGCUCUGUGACACGUGUAAAUGACAGCCGCUGGCGAGUCGCGAUACAUCUCGGUGUCGUCGACGGAGAACUCGGGCGCAGUCCCGGACGUCGCAAACCUCUUGCCGUUCUCGUUCGCUCGAGCGCUCGAGCGGAAUUCCGCUUUUCGCACUCUUCCUCUUUCCAUCUGCCUCUCUCUUGCUGACUUCUACACGCUCGUCUUUGAACUAACGAAACGAAGCACCGGCUGCUGAAUAUUUCGAAUAACUACGAGCCCCGCCGUUAGUACCCCCGCCUGCCCCGGGUAUCCUGAAAAUCCCAAAGUCUCAGCGCAGCACUCUCGCCGCACGAAAUCACGCAUAAUCGCCGAGUGUGCGCAAGCCCCGCAAGCGUGUGCGUGUCCCCUCCUAGGAUGAUCCGAUACCUAGCGGCGAGCCGACGAGUCCGGUCCGAGCGAGCGUUGGUCCCCUUUAAACGCGAGGUCGCCCCGUAUCUGCGAGCCACGGGGGCAACUUUCCACUCGUUCCCGCAACGGGCUGUCCACGUGCCGGCCGAGAUCAGAGUCCCUGCCGUUCGCGGUGCGCUAGACUCGCGCUGUUGAGCGUGUGUGGGGGAUCUCGUCGUCGUGGUGCGCGCGACCCGGCAAGCCGCCGCGCGCAAAGGCCGCCAAUUAAUUAAGAUAGCUCCUAGACACACGCUAGAUCGAUAAGGACCGGCCGCGAUAAAGACUGGCGAGGGUCUCAGACUUCAGGGAUGUUGCAGUGCUGUGGUGUUGGAGGUGGCGUUUCCACGGCACCUCAGGCUCCGCAGCUGCAGGGGACCGGAUCCGCUGUCGGGGCUACCACCUCCACGAGAACCACCAUUAUGCAGGACGCAGUUCUCGAAUCCAUCCUGGAGCAAAUGCGGGAGACGGAAGCCCGACGGGCGGAUCUGGAGAGGCAGCAUGCGGAAGCACAGAACCAGCUGCGGGAGAAGAUAGCAGGACUCUAUCAGGGCCCGGAGUCGGUCGAGGCGUUGCAGUCGAAGAUCCGGGAGCUCGAGAAGAAGACCGAGCUGCAAAUGGUGAAGCACGAGGAGCUGUCGCUGGAGCUGACCAGCCUGAAACGUGCGCGGAGCAGAGGACCGGUCGUGGGGCACGUCACGUCCACGAGCGUGCCGACGUCCACUUGGCCGCCGGCCGGCACCGAGAUCGAUCGGAUCAUCGCCAAGAUCGAGCAGGACAAUAGUUCCGGUAGAAUGUUACACGAACUGGAUCACACGCGGGGCGCGAUAACGACGCAGCAACCCUCGGUCACGCAAGGUAUCCUUCGGUCCAGCUCGGAGAAUCUUCCCAAUCUCGGCCAGCAUCAGCACCCACCUCAUCCGCAUGCCCUUAAUCUCGGAAUGCCUAGCCAGUUGGGCCACUACGCAGGCUCACCGAUGCCGUUGACACCGAUGAUGCCCGGUUGCCCUCCGCUGACGCCGAACGGACCGCCGUAUCACUACAGCGAGCCGAUACCGCCGGCGCCGUCACUCUCCAGCAGCCAGUCGCAGCCUGCUUUCCAGCAGAAGAUCCAGCAGUACCAGCAGCAGUCGCAGCUCGAGCUGUCGAGUUCCCACUCCCAGAACACCCUACCGUCUCAGCAGAAGCAGCAACAAACGCACAGUCACUUCACAAGCAAUCAGUACCAGGAGAGCUAUCCGCAUACGCAAACGUAUCAGCAGCCGCUGCAGCAACAGAAGCAGCAGCAGCAACCUCAGCAGCAGCAACAGCAUCCGGCCUCGACUACGUACCUGACAUCGGCCAGCCAGAGCGUGUUACCCCAGUACACACAGCCUGCCCAGACCGCCCAGAAUUAUCAGUUGAACGGCAGUCAACAGGCAACGACAUAUCCGAGUUUAUCCAUGGCGUCGCAUCCGAACGGGACUUACAGCACGGGGGCGACCAGCUACAACACCCAAUUGUCGCAUCACAACUACACCGUGCCGCAGACGAACAUCACGCAAACCACGCUGUCCUCGCUGCCGCUGUACUCCACCACGCCCUAUCAUUCUACCCUCGGGGGCCUCACGAGCGUACCCCAGUCCGUUCUUCCUUUUUCCAGCGGUCAAAGCACCUUCUCCACGAGCGGAUCGACUUACUCUACCGUCGGGACCAACGCUUUCGGGACGCCGGGCACAAGCUCAGGUACUUCUUCGGGAGGCUUGUUACAAGCAAUAGGCGAUCCUCUGCAUGCGAUGCAGCAAUUCUCCGCCCAGUCGCAGGCUAAUCAGCUGCAGCAACAAGCGAUCAUCCAGCAGAUCCAGCAGAGCUUGCGCGCCAGCUCGCCGACCGCGCCCAGCACCGCGACGGGCCACCACUUCCUGGGUCCUCGGCAAAUACCGAAGAUCCCCGCGAGUAUACUGACGAACCCCGUGGACCGACUGUCCAACGACAACAUUGUACCUGAAAGUCAAGUGGACAUGCUGGACGUGCCGGGCAAGGGCAAAUGUUACGUUUACAUAGCUCGCUUCAGCUACGAACCGUGCCACCAUUCGCCGAACGCGAAUCCGGAGGCGGAACUGCCGGUCCAGGGCGGCGAUUACCUCCUGGUAUGGGGUCAGCCCGACGAUGACGGCUUCUUGGACGCGGAGACGCUCGACGGCAGACGCGGCCUGGUGCCGGCCAACUUCGUGCAGAAGUUGGUCGGCGACGAUCUGCUGGACUUUCACCAAGCCGUCCUCAACCUCCGAGACGUGGACGAUUCCGUUUCGACGAAUAUCCCUCAAUGCUAUCUGCAGGAUAUUGAUUUAGAACUGGCCGCGUUGGAGGAAGGUAAUCGGAAUCGCCAGGCGGAACUGUCCGCGUACGCGGAGCUCGACAAUAUCGCGGAGGAGGACGAGCAAGAGCCGCCAGAAGUCUACCUGUUUUCGGACCUAGUUCCGGCGCCGCAACACCUCACGCUCGAGCGGCAACUCAAUAAGAGCGUGCUGAUCGGAUGGACCGCGCCCGAGAACCCGCACCAGCUCGAGUCCUAUCACGUCUACGUGGACGGCGUGCUGAAGGUGACGGUGAAGGCUACCGAGAGGACCAGAGCCUUGGUGGAGGGAGUCGAUUCCACUCGGCCACACAGGAUAAGCGUGCGUUCGGUCACGCACUCGAGGAGGACGUCCCGCGACGCUGCCUGCACGAUGGUGAUCGGUAAGGACGUCGCGCUGGGCCCAACCGCCGUGAAGGCGUCGAAUGUGACCGCGACCAGCGCCGUGAUAUCCUGGCUGCCCAGCAACAGCAAUCACCAGCACGUGGUGUGCGUGAACAACGUGGAAGUGAGGACCGUGAAGCCGGGCGUCUACAGGCACACCAUCACCGGCCUGGCCCCGUCGACGAUAUACAGGGUGACCGUGAAGGCGAAGAACUUGAGGGCGACGCACUUCGAGGACCAAAACGCCCAGGCGGCGAACAAUCUGGCCUGCCACGUCCACUUUAAAACGUUGCCCAAAGGACUGCCGGAUCCUCCGGUCGAUAUCCAGGUGGAGGCUGGACCGCAGGACGGCACUUUGCUAGUGACCUGGCAGCCUGUUGCCCUAAACGGUUCGGCCGUCACCGGUUACGCGGUGUACGCCGAUGGUAAAAAGGUCACCGACGUCGACAGCCCAACCGGCGACCACGCUCUAGUCGACAUACACAAGCUGAUGGGCCUGAAUCCCAAACACAUCACCGUGAGGACUAAGAGCAGGGAGAGCCAGUCCGGCGACAGCUGCGCCACAGCGAUACCCUGCAGCGUGCUGCGCGGAGGUACCGCCGUUCAUCUGCCGCCCCAUGGGCCGAUGCACAUGAUAGAUCAACGGCAACAGCCACAGCCUGCCAGCAUCAGCCCGCAGGACGACCCCAAUCGCCAUCGUAUGGCGGCCGGUGUCGUCCAACGGUACUCGAACGCGCUCGCCACCUCGCACAUGCGACGACUCGUGAGCAACAGGAUGGACGCCCACGGUCAGAUCAUCAUCGAGACGGACGAGAAUCUCUCCGACAAGGAGAUCUACCCCGGACAGAGCAUCCCUCAGCUGAGUAUCACGGAAAUCACAAAAGACUCCGCCAGUGAGGCCAACUACGGCGAAGAGGACGAUGUUGUGCGAAGAACGCGGGGGGGAAUGCCGCCGCAACACCAUGGGCCUCAUCAUCGACACGGGUCCCAGAUGGAUCCACAAGGCCCGCCCGGAACCCACAGGUCCUCCAGCAUGGGCGGACCCAGCGGAGGUCAAAGGAGCAGAGGGCUGCCUUGCUAUAUCAAUCGGUUGACGCGGAUUCAAGGUGAAUCGUCCCAUCCAUCGGGUGCGACUCAACAGAUGAGCAAAAGGCAACGGUGGUUCCUGGCAGUAUUCGACUACGACCCCAAGACCAUGUCGCCCAAUCCUGAUGGCUGCGCCGAAGAACUUACGUUCACCGAAGGCGACAUUAUCAAGGUUUUCGGGGAAAAAGAUCCCGACGGGUUCUACUGGGGCGAGUAUCGCGGUAGACGCGGGUACGUUCCUUACAACAUGGUGGAGGAAAUCAAAGAUCAAAAUCAGAUCGGCAGGAGAAUGCUGCAGAACGACAGAUGUGGCGAAAUUUACGCAAACGUGCCCAUGAAGAAGAUGAUAGCGCUCUACGAUUACGAUCCUCAUGAAUUAUCUCCCAAUGUCGACGCCCAGGUCGAGCUAACGUUCCAAACCGGGAACGAGAUCAACGUCUAUGGCGAUAUGGACGACGACGGCUUUUACAUAGGCGAGCUGAACGGCAUGCGGGGCUUGGUGCCGAGUAACUUCCUCACCGAGGCACCAGGUCAGAAUCAGGUCCAACUACCGCAAAGCAGCAGGAGACCCGGUCAGAGUCAAGGACCAGGCGCGAGAGGUCCGCCGCUGCCUCCACGGGAAGUGCCAGUUGGCCGACGAGGAAAAGAUGCCUGCAUUGUGCCUGUGUCUGUCCCUGUCUGUCACUUAGACUCUAGACAACUACAACAACAACCACCACCAUCACUAAUGAACAACCAACAACUACAACAUCAACAAAACAAUCCACCGCAUCUAGCGUACCAACAAGCGAAUCACCACAGCUACACGACCGUAACCACGUCCAAUCAGCAUGGGCCCAGUCACUUGCCAUCCGGCGGUGGUGUCAUGGGUGUCCAUCAGCAAGGUCCCGUACCGCCCCAUCUUCAGCAACAGGGCAAAGGGAGGGGCUCUGUGGUCAAUCGCCUUGCUGGUAGUAACAUGCCGGGUGUGCAGGGUCCGGGUCAGCAUCUCCAGCAGCAGUCGGACUACCAGGGCCAGCAGCAGCCGGGCCAGCCGUAUCAGCAGCAGCAGCAGCAGCAGCACCCGAAUCAGCCGUAUCAGCAGCAACCGCCGGGCCAAGGCUACCAACAGCUAGGAUUUGGCGCGCAGGGCUCGCAGUUCCAGCAGUCGCAGCAGCAGCAGCAGCAACAGCAGCAGCAGCCAGGCCAACCGUUCUCGCAGCAAGGCCCGUUGCAGCCUGGCGGUCCUCAGGGCGCCAGCAAGCCGAUGAGGGGGAUACCGGCGGUGAUACCCACCGCGCACUCUAAGACGCAGCCUAACCCGACGCAGGGCCAGCAGCAGCAGCAGCAGCAGCAGCAGCCGCAGCAACAGAGCACCGGGCCGAAUCUCAUGCAGAAGUUCACGGAGAUGGCAGGCGCGAGCGCCGGCGGCGACAUACUGUCCAAGGGCAAGGAGCUGAUCUUCAUGAAGUUUGGCUUGGGCAAGUGAGGAGGAGCGCUCGCCCCUCGAACGACGAUGGUGAUGACGAUGACGACGACGACGACGACGACGACGACGAC